ACUUAAAAUCAACAAAAUACAAAAAAAUGGUCUCAAAGAGCUCAAACACCAUUAGCCUCAUCAUCAUCUUCCUCAUCUUCAGCCUCGCUGAGGCUGACCUCUUGCUCUCGCCUUCGCAGGGCUUUGGUACGUGUCCUAGAGACCCAUUGCAACUUGGUGUAUGCGCCAAUGUCCUUGGCCUAGGCAAUGUCAUUGCUGGCGACACCAGAGCACGGCCGUGCUGCAGUGCUAUCACUGGCCUUCCGAACGUCCAAGUAGCCGAUUGCCUCUGCUUUGUCUUCAGGCCACUUCCUUUGGUUUGUAUCGAUAAGGCCGUUAGAACAAUAUUUUUCGCUUGUAAUAUGGUUUUUCCUAUUGGCUUUCAGUGUCCACCACCACCAGUAUCUAGCCCUUAAUCUCACCUGAUUAAGAACAAGAACCCUAUCCAGUAACUACUUACAACGCAAGUAUGCUUAUACAGUGUUGAUGUGUGUUUCGUUGUUAAACAGGGCGUAAUCUCCUAGUCUAUAUUUAAUAAGUGAUUUUGACAUGUGUCAUCACCAUAUUAAUUUUGAAAGAAAAAUUAUGACA